AUGCUGGACAAACCCAAUUAUUUGGGAGCUGCCAUUUUGGAUUUGUCCAAAAUUCUGAUGUAUGACUUUUGGUACAACUACGCAAAGCCCACAUGGGGUGAUAGAGUCAGGCUGAUUAUGACGGACACAGACAGUUUGUUCGUAGGCAUUGAGACGGACGACGUGGAUGCGGACGUCCUUAAAAGAGGUGAUCAUCUCAAGUACUUCGAUCACAGCAACUACAAGGAGGACCAUCCAAUGUCAGAGGAAAAGAAGGCGAAGGGUGUCCGAGGAUAUGUCGUAAAGGGUGGAAUCGCCUUCGACGACUACGUCAACUGCAUGAAGGAUCCGGGAAAAAGGCACAUGGUGGAAAGGAACGGACUUCGGAGUUACCAUCAGACUAUGUACUGUCUAUGUUACCAUCAGACUAUGUACAGACUAUGUAACAUCAGACUAUGA